AUCCCACGGGCUCUAGAUACCCGGAAAAAAAAAUAAAAAUAAAAAUAAAGAAAACCCCAAGGUAGAACUUGUGUCCUCUGGCCGAGGAGUGCAGGGAGGCUGGAAAUAAGAGCAAAGCUCUUUGCUGGGAAAGUGUCAGGUUCCCGCUUGGCUGUGCCAAGCUAAACACGCCACGCUGCUCGGCACAAGAGCUGGUUUUCCCCCGUGGAAGCGCUUCCCCGCACCUGUUUCAGUUUCAUUUCAUCCUGCUCACGCCUCACGGUGCUCAGGGGCUCAGCGGGGUCUCCUUCACCCUGUCCUGCGCCAAGUUUGGGGGAGAAACAAGGCGGGUUUUGGUGUUUUGUGUUUGGGUUUGUUGGGUUUUUUUUUUUUCUGCAUCGUUAGAUUUGCCAGAGAGUUUUCCGGAGCGAGUUCGAGCUGCCUUUUCGCCGCUGCUUCUCGAAGUCAUCCAUGAACUGCAGGUUGCAAACCACAGCUAGAUAGAAUAUUUUUUUUUUCUUUUUUUCUUCUAUUUUUUGGUGGUGGUUUAUACACACACACACCCACCCAACCACACCGUUGGUGACUCACAGCUCCUGUGUGAUCGCUGAGCGCAGCAGGUCAUCCGUCAUCCAGCUAACGAGCUUCUCAUCCUGUUGUGGUCGAUCAGCCGUACCUCUCUUCCAAUUCCUGGGAUUAGUUCUGGCAUUUUUGGCACAAGAUCCGCCCCCCCCCCACCAUUCUUUUCCCUCGGGGUCUUGCUGCUUGGUUCUCCUCUGCAUUGGGAGCCUUUCUGAUGCACCCUUUGGGGUCAGGAGCAGGUAUGGGACCAUCACCGGUGGCUGCUCAGGCUUUCCAGGAGACUCUUCAGCGCAACCCCUCGAUGCUUCCUUCUCCAUUGGGUCUUUGACCCCAUUUUUUCUUCCAGUGGCCUUCACAUCUUCUGUACUUCCUCUGUGGUCAUGGGUGCUGGUGGGUCUCACGCUGCUGUGAUGCUUCUCCUUCUCUACCUUGAAUGGUUGGUCCUGCUUUGUCUCCAGAGCCCUCACCAUUGGGUUGCGGUGGCUUAAACCGCGGUGGAGACCCCCCCCGAGGUCCCUGGGGUGCUGUGGGGAUGUUUCCUGGCUCCGUUGGUCAUGGAAGGGUGCGGCUCUUCCUCUGGGCAGGCGUCUUGUCCUGGCUCCGUUCUUUGGCUCGCAGACCUGCAGGUUGGCCUCUUUCUUGGAAAAGAAAGAGCGUGUCGCUGCGGAGCUGUUUCUGAGAAGACGAUGGUGUCCAGAUAGCCGAGGUUUGGGAGAUAAAAAAAUUUAGUGUCAUUUUCUGGUGGCCCUGGCAAGUCCUACAAAAGCUGGAGGGACCAUGUUGUCCCAGGAGACCCAAAGGGAAGCAUUCGAAGCUGUGGUGUGGCUCCAUCCAGACACUUAACAUCUCCUUUCCACCUCAGUGGGACUUCUCCAGCCCUUGGUGACUGGGGAGAUGAGGCACCUCAUCCCUGAGCUUCGUCUUUUUCCUCCUCAAUCAGAGCUGAACAGCAAGACGAGGGUCCCCAGCGGUGGCUUCGGUGGGUGAGCAGGUCAUCCCACGGUGCUCUUCUCUCCGAUGGAGCUGUGCUGGUGCUCCUGGUGGGACCUGGCUCUCCUGCGUGUCCCCAUUGAGGUUCUGCUGCUCCAGUUGGGGCGUUAACAUCGUGCUGGGACAGCGUCUCUGCUUAACCCUUGGUAGAGUCCUUCAUCCAGAUGUUUAUACGAAGUCUGUGAAACUGUGGCAAGCUCUCGCUGACCAUAAAACAUCCCAGGGAGCAGAGCCAACAUCUCAAGAUGUGUCAAGCUUCCUACGGCUCCGUCUUCCAGAAGUGCGCGAGGCUUCCUGAGCUCUGCUGACUCGGGCAGCUUGAACGCGAGCCCGUGCACAUGAGCCAACAGGCACUGGCUUAGUUUAGUUCAGGGUUUUGUUUUUUCCUUUUGUUUUAUAAUUUUUUUUUCUCCAGCAUAAGCGGUUUGCUGAAGCUCAGCUGUCCCCAUGGGCCCUUUCGGUGUGAAAACUUGGGUGUCAUCUUGAAAAAUCAACAGUGGUGGGUGGGUGGUUCUUUAUUUCGGAGCCAGACACAAGGAUCUCUUGGGUGAUUCUUUAUUUUCCCUGAGUCAAAACGUGAGGAUCUCACAGAGGACAGUCUGUUUCAGCAGGAGGGCUGUUGCUUUUAUCUGUGAUCGGUGCUGGGAGGAGAAACACUUGACUUAAGUGACCAGUUGGUGCCAAAUCUCCAAGUGUUGCCUUGAAGGAGCAAGAAACGCAGCCACCGAGCACACAGCAAAGACGUGGCAUCCCACGAAACAUCUGCUCAGCACCCGGGGAGGGCACACAGAGCGCCCUGGGACUUGUUUGAUAAGGCAGAGGUCUCAUCCUGAGAGGUUCCGGCGGGUUUUUGUACUUAUGCAACACGCACUGAUCUGUCCGGACCAGUAAGAAGGAACUCCAGAGCUGCUGGAUGGAGCAUGCCCGGGCAUAGCUGAGCCGAGUAGACAUCCAGGGUGUCAGAUGAGCCUGAUCCUGCCCUCUCUGGUGCUGUCCCAGCCACAGCUCACAGGACCGAACUCGGCUCCCCGAAUGAAGAGCAUUUGGAGUUCCAGAAGGCUUUGUACAGGACGGAUGCCAGGAGCUCCCUAGACCUGCGCAACAUGACCGUCAGCAGCGGCGUGACAUGGGACGCCACCACCCUGGAGACAAGAGCGGGUGAUGGGAGAGAAGAAAGCACUUUAGAGAGACUGUCUGGCUUGAAGGACUCGAAGGAGGUGCGGUGUGUGAAGGAGUCGUCGUUCGCCAUGGAGCCCCAGGUUGUCAAUCCGGUGCAGGUGGAUCCCGAGCAACUGGAGAGCGACCCUGAGGACCUGGAUGGUGGCACAGCGGCAGCAGAGACGCCUGGCCCUUGCGCUGGGGCAUCGGUUGGCAGUGGAGAAGAGAAAUAUCUUCAAAAUGAACCAAAGCAACUCGAAGGCCUCAGCAAAGAGCACUUAGAGAAAAGCAAGAGGGGAAUCCAGAGGGUUGACUGGAUUUCCAGACCCACCAAAAGCCCGAGUCCUCACUACAAAGAUAUAAACAAACCGACAGAUGUAGCAGCCACCUUGCCCUUUCGGGGACAGGCCGUGCGUGAAGUGCCUCCUCCUCUGACCCCCACGGUGUUCAGAAAAACGCUAAACCCUGUCCUCAGCAAGUCCAAAUCCCUGGAGAGCUCCUCAUCCCACAGGAAGGGGCUGAUGGUCGACUCAGACUUGGGCGAGAUCAACCCGCUCAACACGGCUGAGUGGACGAUCCAGAAACCAGGUCUUCAGCUCGGCGCGGACCUCGGCGUCGGCAAACAGUCCUGGACAGUAAAUGCUGAAGAUUCGGUGGAGCGGAUCCCAUUGAUGUCCCUGGAGCCGGCUCCCUGCAGCUCCUAUGACAUCGAGAUGAGGCCCUACAUGUGCAGCGUCUUGUUGGACGAGCAGGGGAAGGAGGAGCUGGCCCCAGAGGAGGACCCGACGGUGUACACCUGCAUCGAGUGCAGCAUUUACUUCAAGAAAAAAGAACAUUUGAUGGAUCACAUGCUUCAGCAUAAUCGCGGACCAGGGAGGGACCAAGACAGGGAUGCUCUGGGGGGGCAGUGUCAGUUCUGCUGCAACGAGUGCGGCUGGGCCUUUGGAGACCCCACCUCUUUGGAGCAGCACAAGAGGCUCCACCAAGAGUCCAGGGAAAAAAUUAUCGAAGAGAUCCAGAAGUUGAACGAGUUUCCAGACGAAGGGCGGGAAGCCCGGCUGCAGUGCCCCAAGUGUGUCUUUGGCACAAACUCCUCCAAGAUCUUUGUCCAGCACGCCAAGAUGCACGUCAAGGAGAGGAAGGACCAAGGGGCGAAGAACAUGAAUCUCUUUGGAAGCACGGGCAGUGGAGAAAUACGGGAUAGCCCCGUGCACGGCAUCUACAAACACUUCAAACCAAAUGAACACACGUCCCUGCAGAUGCAGGUACCACCUCACGGCAGCAGCAAAGGGCUCAGCACCUGUAUGCUCUGCAGCUUCCCGGCCCCCAAUGAGAACAUUCUCAAGGAGCACAUGAAAUACGCCCAUUCCCACCUUUCCUGGGACACGGAGGUGUACGAGGAGGAUCCCAAUCAACCGGGAACCAGCAGAGAUGCCUACAGCCCAGCCAGACCGGGCCGGUUUGCGGAGACGGAUUAUUUUGGCAAAGCAGACCGGCUUUUCCCUCCACCCCACCGAGAAAGCCCAUCAUCGCAUUAUGAAGCCGUCCACGGUUUCGCCCUGACUCACCCGAGACUCGACAAAAGCAACGGGGCUACUAAAAAGGACUACCAGGCGUCGGGGUUUCAUGCCAGAAAAGCAGCUCCCUACGCUGCCCCCCACAAAAACCUGGGCUUGUCUGGUUUUCCCUCCGCAAAAGCUUAUUCCCAGUUCGCUCUGCAGCAGCUGAAAAAAAAAGCCGCGGCUCAGCACCUCGAAGGAGAAGGUGACGGUCUCAGGAGCCACCCGAUGGGGCUGGAAGAACUCAGGCACAAGUGGGUGUUGGCCAACGACGCGGGGAGCACGGAAGAGGAGAUCUCCGUAAGCGCAGAGAUGGAUUUGGGCGAGAACAGAAGCGUCAAACCCGUCAGCAUCCCUCAAGCCGCCUUGGACCUCAAGAGGACGUUCAGAGACACCUUGAAAGCCACGGACUCUUUGAUCGCUUCGGAGGAGCAGCAGCAGCAGUUGCGGAAGAUGGUCCCCAUCGUCUUGCUGGAGGAGGUGAACCUGCACCCCAGGGCGACGAAGCGGCCCCGGGGGAAGCCGUUCAAGAAGAAAACAACGCUCCCUUCCCGGGAAUUCAUGAUGGAAGAGCCCCUUCCCUUGGAUAUGCUCCUGUUGGAUGCUCCUCUGGAGGGUCCUCUGGAGCUUGACGACCUCUUGGACUCCGACUCACCCAUGUUGAAGAACGAGGAGAGGAAAUGUCCCUACUGCCCAGACAGGUUCCACAACGGCAUCGGGCUGGCGAACCACGUGCGGGGCCACCUCAACAGGGUGGGGGUGAGCUACAACGUCCGUCAUUUCAUCUCAGCGGAAGAAGUGAAAGCUAUUGAGCAAAAAUUUUCCUUCCAAAAGAAGAAGAAAAAAGGUAUUGCGAACUUCGACCCGAGCACUUUCAGCCUGAUGCGAUGCGAGUUCUGCGGGGCCGGUUUCGACACGCGGGCGGGUCUCUCCAGCCACGCCAGAGCCCACCUGAGAGACUUUGGUAUCACCAACUGGGAGCUCACCAUCUCGCCCAUCAACAUCCUCAAGGAGCUGUUGGCCAACUCCUCGGAGCAUCCGAUGCUGCAAGCGGCGAUGGGAGCUGAGCCCUCGUCCCCGAGCCGAGAGAGGGAAGCUCACGGCUUUGUGCCUCACAAGAGCAUGACCCCCAUGUCCGAGUGCAGCAUCCCACGCUCUCCUCUCUCCCCGUUCCCCCCGUCGUGGGGAGACGAGUCCCUGCAGUCCUACAGAGACGUCCUGGCUCCAGAAGAGGAAGAGCUGGUGGCCAUGGAGGUGGGUUCACCCCCUCUCCCGAAAAAAAGUGCUCCCGCUGGGCAGAUGGAUCAACCCCCCACCAGGAUAGGGACCAAACUGUCUCCUGAGCCACCCGGGAGCAAACCAGAGCCUCAGGACUCCAAAACCCAGAACCUUACGACGUGCGAAGUGUGCGGUGCCUGCUUCGAAACCCGCAAAGGUUUAUCCAGCCACGCCCGUUCUCACCUACGGCAACUUGGCGUAGCUGAAUCGGAGAGCAGUGGGGCUCCCAUCGAUUUGCUUUACGAACUGAUGAAGCAAAAAGGCAAACCCGACGGCAGCCCCAUGUCUCCCACCCUUGGCAAAAAAUCCGGUUCCCCCAAAGACGCCGCCACCGGUUCCCCUCGACCCACGCUCCUGGCGCUCGGCAAGGCCAGCGAUCGCCCGCUGGAUGGUCCCGUAAAUAAAGCCAUCAAAUCCCCUCCCGGCUUCUCGAAAAACCUCUCGCAACCGGGAUCCCCCAUCCUGAAGAAGGUGCCACCUGCUCUUUCGGGGUCCCCGUCUCCGAAAAACCCCGAGGAGAAGAGCUCCAAGCUCUCACUGAGCCCUCUGCAGAGCUCUCCAAAAGCCCAGUGGCCGCAGGCAGAUGAGGAAGGACCACUCAAUUUAACCUCUGGGUCGGAGCCGGUGCGAGAUAUCCGCUGCGAGUUUUGCGGCGAAUACUUCGAGAACCGCAAAGGUUUGUCGAGCCACGCUCGAUCCCACCUCCGGCAGAUGGGGGUGACCGAGUGGUAUGUCAACGGUUCACCCAUCGACACCCUGCGGGAGAUCCUCAAACGGCGAAGCCAACCGCGGAGCAGCGCCUCAAAUCCCGCCGGCCCCGGGCAAAAAGCCAUGGCCAAGACCCUCCUGGGCAGUAUGGGAUCCUUGGAACCACGCGGUCCCGGAGAGCUUCACAUCCCCACCCUCCCCAAGAAGGUCCAGCAAGCCGGCAGCCCCCUGGGGCAAUCUCCUACCUCGUCCCCACCUCCCACCGCCCGGAAGAUGUUUCCAGGCCUUUCUCCUCCCUCCUUGCAGAAGAAACUCAAACAAGAUCAGCUGAGGGUGGAAAUCAAGAGGGAGAUGAUGUCGGGAGGACUCCACGGAGAACCUCACCCAUCCGACCGAGCCUGGUCCCCGCGGGAGGAGAUGUCUCCCUUGAACCUCUCUUCCCGAGCUGACCCAGUGCGAGAUAUCCGCUGCGAAUUUUGCGGCGAAUAUUUCGAGAACCGCAAAGGUUUGUCGAGCCACGCUCGAUCCCACCUCCGGCAGAUGGGGGUGACCGAGUGGUCGGUCAACGGCUCACCCAUCGACACCCUGCGGGAGAUCCUCAAGAAGAAAUCCAAACCCUGCGUCAUCAAGAAGGAACCUCACACCUCCAGCAUCGAACUCCCCAAAUCUCUCGGGGAAGAAGGGACGGACCCCAAGGCCUCGGGAAAAAUCCUGCAGGGAAUGGCCCUGGCAUCCCUGGGAGGGCGGCCAGGGAAGCCCAGCCCGGGCAGCUCCACCUUGAACCGGGAGAUUUCCCUGUCGCCGCUCACCGGUAAAUCCCAGGGCGCUUUCCUGACACCGCUGGCGGCCAAACGGCCGCUGCAGGACGAGCGCCUGGGCCCCCCUGCCGACGGGAAGCACAAGGCGUACAUCCCGGCGGAGCUGCCCUUCAAAUCCAAGGCCGUGCACGACAAACCGGCGCACACGUCCAGUGAAGCCUGCUGCGAGCUCUGCGGCCUCUACUUCGAGAACCGUAAGGCCUUGGCCAGCCACGCGCGCGCGCACCUGCGGCAGUUCGGCGUCACUGAGUGGUGCGUCAACGGGUCCCCCAUCGAGACCCUCAGUGAGUGGAUCCGGCACCGACCCCAAAAAGCCGGUGCUUACCGGAGCUACAUCCAAGGCGGGCGCCCCUUCACUAAGAAAUUCCGGAAUUCUUCCCACGCCCGGGAUCACGACGGUGGCGGCGCACGACGGAUGCCGCUCAGCCUUCAAGGUAGUGGCGUGACCUUUCUGAAUAAAGGAUUGACGGGAGAGUUGGCUCACGGCGACGCCGGAAAAAUCCUGGAUGGGGGAAGCGGCGGUGAGCGGCCCAUGAUCACCUCCCCCCUCUCGUUGGUGAAGGUGGAGGAACAUCAACGCUCCAACAUCAGCAAGUUUGAGCGGAGGCAGGCGAGACCCCUGGAUGCCGCGCUCCACCGGGAAGAGGAAGGGGCUGAAUUCCAGCAGAAGAUGGAGGAGACGCGGCAGCCGCCGCCGCGGAUGAGGCCGGUGCCAUCCCUGGUCCCCCGCCCCCCACAGACCUCCCUGGUGAAGUUUGUGGGGAACAUCUACACCCUCAAGUGCAGGUUCUGCGAGGUGGAAUUCCAAGGGCCCCUCUCCAUCCAGGAGGAAUGGGUACGGCAUCUCCAGCGACACAUCCUGGAAAUGAAUUUCUCCAAAGCGGAUCCUUUACGGGGCGAAGCUCCCCCAGCCCCAGACCCCCCCACCCUCGCCGAGGCUCAGUAACGGGAGCCCCCACCCUCACGGUGACCGAGCCGGCACAGGGAAGCGACACCAUCCCCCCCCCCCUCCCCACAUCCACGAUUCCUUUUUUUUGUUGUUACUUUUUUUUUUUCGGGAAAGGGGGGGAUCGAGCGCUGCCUUUGCCUCUCCGGAGCUUCCCACUUUGUCCGGGGGAAUGAGCUGGCGGGGGGGGCACAAUCCCAGCUACAAGCACUACAUGGAUCAAGACAACCCUCGGCGAUCGACCCUCGGUGAUCCCACGGGAGACACCGGGAUCCGGCACCGGAUCGGGGAGGGAACAACUCAGUGUCGGUCUCGGGACAGGACGGGGAAUUAUUCCCCUUCCUCGCUUCCCAAAAUCCGUGUGGGUUUUGGUUUUUUGGUUGGGUUUUUUUUUUUUAGGUUUUUGUUUGUUUGUUUGUUUGUUUUGAUGAUUUUUUUUUUUUUUUUUUUUUUUUUUUUUUUUUUUUUUUUUAACCCAAAGAACAAACGCUGUCACCUUUACCGAUGGCGAUUCGGGAUGGAGCCGGGCCGGAGGGGAAUUUCAGGGAGCAGCCACGUUCCCGGAAAACGCUGUGGAUUUUGUAUAUGACCCUUAGAGUUAAUGUAUAUUCGAUUUUUUUUUUUUUUUUUUUUUUUUGUUCUCUCCAUAGGCGAUGAUAAAAUUUAGCCUCGCGUAGAUGUCGGAAUCCCUCAGUUCCGGGGUUGCAUGUUGCCCAAAAUCCCCUUUUCCUACACCAAAAAAAAACCUGCCGCUGCUUCCCUCCCGCUUUUCCCACCAUCCGGUGGGAUUCACACCCCAUCCCCCCCCCGCCUCCCCCCCGGCUGCAUCCCGAUCCACCGGAGAGGAGCAGAGCGGGUGGGAGCUCCAGUGGGAACAGGGAAUUCCCAGUUUUCCAGCCGGGAUGGGCCGCCGCGGCGCUGGGAGGAUUCGGCUCAGCCCCCACCCCUCCCCCCACCCCCCUCUCACUUUCAGCGUUGCUUUAUUAUUUCUUUAUUUUUCCCGGUUUUUCCUCGUCUAGCUCCAUAGACCUCCUGACUUUUUUAAACUCUAGAUUUGUGUAGAAAUAAGGAAUAUUAAGGAAUAUUCAUUUUUAUUUGGAAAUCCCAAAACUUCCGAAUUUCGGAAGGAAUUUUAACGGAUAAAUUUUUUUUCUUUUUUUUUUUUUUUUUUUUUUUUUUAUUUCCAAUUUUUUGGGACAUAUUCUGGUGAUUCUUGUACCCGGGAAUAUGGGACGAUGGAUUAAAUUCUUCUGGAAAUGAA